AUGGCCGCAGACCUCUUACGGCUGCUCACCAACAUUUCGUCGCGACCAGGAGACAUUUCCCUUCUCGGCCAUUCGAUGGGAGGGAAAGUCGCAAUGGCACUCGCUCUUCAUCCAGAGACUCCGUCAAACUUAUUACGCGACUUGAUUGUCGAAGACAUUUCACCGAUCAAAGGACGCCUGAGCAAAGAGUUUGAGGGGUACGCGAGAACGAUGCGACGAAUCAUGGACAUGCAGUGCAAGGACCGAAAAGAGGCAGACGACGUCUUUAAAGAGAUUGAGCCAGAUGUCUCCGUGCGGCAAUUCCUCCUCACCAACAUCUCUGCAUCUUCUACGCCCGGUGCACCCUUGACGUUCAGAGUUCCUCCCGACAUUAUUGCCGACUCAAUGGACGCGCUCGGAGACUUUCCGUUUGAAGCCGAUAGCGAGGUCAUGUUCGACAAGCCGACACUCGUCAUCCGCGGAUCCAAGAGCAAGUAUAUCAAAGAUUCGGCACUGGAGGUGUUUAACCACUUUUUCCCGCACAACCGACUUGUCGAGUUGAAUACGGGCCAUUGGGUACAUGCCGAGGAGUAA